UUUACUGCGCCACGACGUUUAUUUUGAAAGGCGGCGCCGGAAGCUGCGGGUGCUGCCGGGUCCAGCUUGACGGGAGGCUCGGAGCUGAAGUUGCGUUGUGUUCCGUGUGAGUGCCUGCCAGCGCCGCGGCUGCUCCAAAACAACGCUCUCUGUAUUUAUACCCGUUUAAACCGGUAACGACCGCCGGGUCGCCGUGUGACGAGCCGCCGCCGGCCCAGCGAGGUGCUUUCUCCGGCGGUUACAUACUUUUAGGAGGCCCGGGGGGAGAGGCGCAGCAGCUAACGACACUAGCCGUCAUGUCGUGGGAAGGGAAGUGUGCUGGUUCUCCGCGUCUGGCCUCGCCUCUGUCCUCGCCUCCUCCCCGCCGCACGACUCUCUGAGCCGGCCUGACAACACUCCAAGCCGCGGUGACUUUCCUCCGAGCUGUCAAUGCAGCUAACACCCAGCUUUACUCGCUAGUGAACCCCAGCAGGCAGGCUAACUGUAGCUAGCUAGCUCGUUGAAACCAUGGCGGACAGUUUCGGAGAGCAGCCGGACGGCGGUGCCCUUGGGUCAGGCGUCACGGGGCCGGGCGGCGGGGCGUCGCUGCUGCCGCCGCCGCUGGCCAGCUCUCUGCCGGGCGGACACCCAGCGGCAGCCAGCGGGGCUUACUCCGGCUCGGGCUCCAGCUCCAGCCCGGCCUCUCCUCCUCCCGCCGCGGCCGCACAGAGUGGCCUCUCCGCGGUGGUGGCGGCCCCCAUGUCCGCCGUCAUGGCCCCUCCGGCCGGGUUCGGGAGCAGCUUCACCCCGGGCUCCUCGCCGGUGGUCGCCGUCUCUCCCACCGUGCACGCCUCGUCGCCGCUCCCGCCGGGCGUCGGGCUGGGGGUGGGCGGGGUGGCAGGAGCGGGCCUCCUGUCCCAGAUCCACGCCACGUCCUGGGACCCGACCCUCAGCACCGACUGGGACAACGAGAAGGCGUCCCAGCAGUGCAUACUGAGGAUCAAGAGGGACAUCAUGUCCAUCUACAAGGAACCACCACCGGGGAUGUUUGUCGUUCCUGAUCCUCAAGACAUGACCAAGAUCCACGCUCUGAUCACGGGGCCGUUCGACACGCCGUACGAGGGCGGCUUCUUCCUCUUCCUGUUCCGCUGCCCCCCCGACUAUCCCAUCCACCCGCCGCGGGUCAAGCUCAUCACCACGGGACACAACACCGUCCGCUUCAACCCCAACUUCUACCGCAACGGCAAAGUCUGCCUCAGCAUCCUGGGGACUUGGACGGGCCCAGCGUGGAGUCCGGCUCAGAGCAUCUCCUCUGUCCUCAUCUCCAUCCAGUCUCUCAUGACGGAGAACCCGUACCACAACGAGCCUGGCUUCGAACAGGAGCGCCACCCGGGGGACAGCAAGAACUACAACGAGUGCAUCCGCCAUGAGACCAUGCGGGUGGCCGUGUGCGACAUGCUGGAGGGCAAAGUGCCCUGUCCCGAGGCUCUGUGGAGUGUGAUGGAGAAGUCCUUCCUGGAGUAUUACGAUUUCUACGAGGGAGUCUGCAAGGAGAGGCUGCACCUGCAGGGCCAGAACAUGCAGGACCCGUUCGGCGAGAAGCGUGGUCGUUUCGACUACCAGGGCCUGCUGGCUCGCCUCGGCGCCACCCACAGGCGGAUACGAGAGAAGAGCCCGGCGGAGGACGACCGCAACGACGACGACUCGGACUCGGACACCAGCUCCUCGGAGACGGACCCCGACAGCCAGGGCAGCUCGCAGCCCUGACCUGCAGGGCGGCGCCGGACUCAAACCCAGGCCCGGGGGCGCGGCGCGGCGUGGACGGACAGAGGGAGGAGCUUUUUGUUUGUUUGUUUGUUUGUUUGCUUUGGUUUCAGUGGUUUGUUUGUCCCCUGGACGUGGCGGAGGAGCAGCCGCACAGACGAGGACGGCUGUUGGCGCUGCUUUGUAGAUAAAGAUGAAUUCCGGCAACAAAGUCGAGGCUCUCGUCGUCUGUUUUUGGCUCUUUGGCAGCUGCACAGCCGUCGACCUGCUGUCCUGCUUCACGCCGACACGCGAGACGGCCGGUGAGACGGGACGUUUACCGGCGACUGUGGCUUGUGGACAUUUUUCUGGUUUGUGGUUUCACGGAUGUGGACGAGAACAGGAAGGGACAGCAGCUUCCUCCUUCGUGUUGGAUCUGGCAGCCGAGCGAGGCCAGCGGCUCUCCUCUGGCGGAGCUCCAGAGGCCGGACAGACGAAGAGACCUCGAGCUGCAGAGACGCCGGGACGGUGGGAGCGUCUCUUAAAGCGUCGCUCUGGGUGUUUUCCUCUUCCUCCUCUUUGCAAAGAACCUUUUUUGGUAAGAGGGGAGGAAGGAAGACGGCGGGACGGCGAUGGACGGUUUGACGGGACAGACACCUGUUUUGGCGCGGCGGUCUGGGUUAGGUGCCUCGUUUCCAGGUGACGUCUCCUCGGACCGGACCGCGAGCCGAACCCGCCGCCACCCUCAGCCUCAGCCACGGGAUCCCACAAAAAGAAUAAAAAAACAUUCAGUUAUUGAUUCUAAUUCCGGUGAUUCCUGUAUAUUAUCAUGACAAAAUGUCUGCUUGGCUUUGAGUUUGCAGUUUGCAGUUUGCAGUUAGCGCUAUUAAAAUGAAGAGACGCAGCAGUUAGACCAAGAAUGACAUUCAUCUUUUAUACACGUUGAUUUUUUGCUGUUUUUUUUUUCCUUCGUUGUGCUGAAAUGAACUUUGACAUGAACACAACAUGUAGGACGUGCUCGCUGGUUUCACUUCCUGCUGCUCAUUGGCUAAUCAGGAGGUCAGGAGGUGAACGUCUCCAGUGACUUCACAACCUCUCUCCUUUUCUUUCUGCUCUCUUUUCUUUAUUCCCCUCCCGUCCUGUUCCCUCUCAUCUGUUAACAAAAUAACUGGCCUUCUCUCUCUCUCUCUCUCUCUCUCUCUCUCUCUCUCUCUCCCUCCCUCCCUCCCUCUCUCUCUCUCUCUCUCUAUCUUACUCUCUCGUUUUCAUCUCACCCCAAAAACAAACUUCAUUCUCUUUUUCCACACCAGCGGUUUCCUCUCGGUCAGACGCUCCUUCCCACGAGGCGUCCAGGUAGGCUUCCUGUUGUCAUGGCAACAGGAGCAAACGCUGUGUGGCACCUCGUGCACACCUGGACCUGUGUGUGUGUGUGUGUGUGUGUGUGUGUGUGUGUGAGGCUUAGAGCAUUAUGAUGGAAGGAUAUGAGCUGUUGCAGUGAUUUCUGAGUUGAUUCCGUUUUGUCACACUGAUUCGGUGCGAUAUCUCACCGUUUUUAUCCACUGCAGCUCGGCUCUGAAAGAGUCAGGCUUUGAUUUGGUGGCAAAAACUUUUGACUUUUGGAGAAUUAGAUUUACAUUUUCCUGUCUAUGGAAGAGAAUUAAAGCAACAACAAAUGAAAAAAGAA